AUGAACGACAUUUGUGUUUUGUUAAACAGGAAAAAUGUGGUGCUUAACUACACAGAGAUGGAAGCCAAAGUGCAUGAGGCUACUAAUAACGAAGCAUGGGGUGCAUCGAGCACACUGAUGCAAGAAAUUGCUCAAGGCACUUACAACUACCAAUAUUUCAAUGAAAUCAUGCCAGCGCUCUACAAGCGGUUUACUGAAAAGGAAGCACGACAAUGGCGCCAAAUUUACAAGGCAUUGGUGCUUCUUGAGUAUCUCGUCAAGAACGGUUCGGAACGUGUUAUUGAUGAUGCGCGUGCCCAUCUUUCGAUGAUCAAGAUCAUGCGAAACUUUCAUUAUAUUGAUGAAAAAGGCAAGGACCAGGGCAUCAACAGUAAGUAUAUAUAUAUAUGCAAAGCGGGCUCUUUUUCAUUUCUUACGUCAAUUACUAUGGGUCAACGGAUGGUGUGGGUAGUAGUUAGUAGUGGUUGGACGACACUAUCAGAAAUAGCGUAUGCAUCUAUUUAA